AAUUAAUCGAAGAAAAAAAUGAACUUUUGAAAGAUAAAGAAGAAAUAAUUGAUGAUUUUAAUAAUAGAAUGUUCUAUUAUUCAGAAUUUUUUAGAAAAAGUUUUGAUAUCGCUGAAGAAAGAUAUCAUCAAGAAAAAUUUUUUUCAAAUAUCUUAAAUACUGAAGAAAAUAUUGAAGAAAAUAUUGAAGAAAAUAUUAUUGAAGAAAAAAAUAUUUGGGGAGAAAGUGAAGAUGAAUGGGAGGAAGAUAAAGAAAUUCUUAGUGAUUAUUAUGGAGAAG